GUGACAAAUUGCGGGCACCUGUCAAAAAGCACCCCGAUCUGUCUCAUGGAUGGAAACGACCAACUGAACCCGCAGAUAAGACAGUCGCUCCCCCCUGUACAGCUCCAAGUUCUACCAAAUUCGAGGUGCAUAGACAAGAUACAGGUCGACUGGUCAACACGGCUUCCAUCGAGAGUCGCCCGUGGUUGGGGAAAACUGGAGCCAAGGCAUUCCUGCUUCAGAAG